AUGGACGAGUGCUGCCUGUCUGCCGAGGAAGCGGAGAGACUGAGGAUACACAGAGAAAUAGAGAGACAACUUCGACGAGAUAAAGAAAAGUCUCACAACGAGCUGAAGCUACUGCUGUUAGGUGAGUGCAGUUAAGUAAUUAACUUUGACAUGUUUUGUGAGGGAAAAUCUCAGUCAAAAUUUGACUUUCUCUUUCUAACUCACUUUCACAGACUAACCCUUUCACAUUAAAUAAGAGUUUAAAGAAAAUUCAUUUGUUUUAACCAGACCCUUGGCUUUUGUUAAGAAAUAUCCUCCGGGAACCAUGAACCUUUAUAACUAUCCAAUGAUUGUUGAGAUAUUUUCAUUAAAAACUCAGUAAUAAAUUUUGUGCUGCUUAAAGGGAUAUUCCAGCGUAAAAUUAAUUUACCUGACUUCAUCAACAGUACAUAUAGGGUCCCAGCCAUAAUACUAGCCACCAAACAUCUUUUUAACUUUGCCUAAUAAUUUCUUUUGCAAAGAUAUAAUAUUACUUUCCUUGAAGUAAUAAUCACCAUAUUGAUCAUUUUGCACUGCCGACGCAGUAGUUCUUCUGCCUUAGUGUCGUGGUCUGAUUGCAUUUCCACAAGGAAAUGGUCAUAAAUGUUCUUCCUUGAGCUGCGUCACCCCGCAGCAGUCCGUAACGGACUGGCCUGAGGUCUUGCUCCAAACAAGCGGCUGCUGGAAGAGAGUAGGUUAGUUGUGUUUAGUCUCUUUGCUAAAGUAAUCAGGCAAAGUUAAAAAGAUGUUUGAUGGCUAGUACUAUGUCUAGGACCCUAUAUGUACUGUUGAUGAAGUUAGGUGCUGUUCUGAGCAUUAUUUGUGGCUAUAGAGUGGCGUUUUGGUUGAGGUUUGUUUAUGGCUCCUCAGACCGCUGUGUACUAAAGUUGGUAUGGCUAAAGAAGCAAGCAGUCGACAACAAUCAUCUCUCGAGGGGGUGUCUAAGUCGUAGUUACGGUGUGUUUGACCCUAAAUUAAUUUUACGCUGGAAUAUCCCUUUAAGUGAGUGAUCAUCACUGUCUUCAGGAUUUAUCCUCUGGAAACCAAGAAUGUCAGUGUAAUCAGUCAGACAGUGAUGAAGAUAUUUCCAUUAAAAUAAAAGCUGUAAACCUCAUGUAGGUGCUUAGAGGUAAAGAUGGGGAUCACAUGAUUUUUGGGAUCAUCCUCUGGAGACCAAGAAUGUUUGUACAAACCCCUUUACAAUCUACAGAAUAGUUGCUAAGCAAUUAGCCUUUUAUCCAAAGUGUCAGUCUGUUCUUGGUGAAGAUUUAGGGCAUUGUUAAAUUUUUGAGGAUUCAGCCUCUGGACACUCUUAUUGUCAGAUGUACGUUAAUGUUGAAAUUUCUAUCAAAAUCAAAGGCUGUAGUUUAUGUUGGUAAGGUAGAACCUGAAGAACCACAAAGUACUUAGAGUCCAUCCUGUAGUGAACAUCUUGAAAGUAAGUUAAAGACUUCUGUCGGAGAAUGGCAGAAAAAGUCACUCUUUAGUUAAAAAUAUUUAUGUACAGUUUAAAGAACCUGAGUGCAUAUUGACAGAUGGAGUUUUUUUUUUUUUUUUACUUUUCUUUUCUUUGGCCAUUGCACUCGAACUCACUCAUGCUGCGUUUGAGUUACCUUGGAAGUCAGAUGUUGAAGCUGAAAAUGACGUCACACCCAAGUUACUAGCGUUUCAGAUACCAAGUCGGAAAAAAGCAAAUCGGAGGCAGAAACAAGAUGGCUACAUCUACGAAAGUUAUUUUAGCGCUUGCCUUUUCCGACAAGAACAAGGCAAACGCUAAAAUAACUUUUUUUAUUUUAGCAUUUGCCUUGUCCUUGUUUUAUUCGGACAAGGCAAAUGCUAAAAUAAAAAAGUUAUUUUCGUGUUUGCCUUGUCCUUGUUAUAUUCAGACAAGGCAAGCGCUAAAAUAACUUUCGCAGAUGUAGUCAUCAUGUUUCCGCCUCCAGUUUUGCUUUUUUCCGACUUGGUAACUGAAACGCUGGGUGUGACGUCAUUUUCCGCGCCGACAUCUGAUUUCCAAUGUAACUCGAACAAAGCAUUAGUCAUCGGGAAAUGCCACAAAUGCAGUAUUUCUCGCAUAAUAAUGAAUUGACCUGCACAUGUUUUUCAUUUAUUACAGUAAUUUAUAUAAGCAGCUGCUGUUGACCAUUCCUUUGAUAGUGAAAGACUUGUUGACCCAGUUCUAUUGUGCAGAUAACCCUGAUAGUAUUUUUCAUCUCCUCAUUCACAUCAGACUAGACUGCUGCAGGCUUUGUGAAGGCUACAUGAUAUUGUGGCUGUCUGUGUCAUGUUGGUAAGAUGUCUGGAUCUCUAAUGAUUCUUUAUAGAGAAUAUAUGAUAUGAUAUAUGCAGGCUGUUUUCGACUGUCUGGUUGAUAAUUUGUGCACAGUACUGAACAUGAGAGGAGAAUAAAUGGGUCAUUUAUGAAGCAUGUUUUCUUCUUGAACUAUCUUUAACAGCCCACUAAUAAAAGCUAGAAACAAUACAGUGGGCAUGAACUUUAAAAUCAAACUUGAGUUGGCCUUGGUAGAAAGUGAAAUAUCCUCCUGUAAAGGUCAGUCUUCUUGUUAACAUUUUAAGCAUUUUAGACACUUAGCUGACGCUCUUAUCCAGAGUAAUUUACAACCAGGAGGCAGGAAGCAGUUCACUGUUUCAUUCAAGAACAUAAAGCUAUUGUUAGACACACUGCCCUACACACGAACCAAAGUGAAGUACAAGACUGUAACUGGGAUAAGCUUUUGUAGAAAAGGUACAUGAAAUACACUUGUUCACACUGGAUUUUCUUGUAGAUGUUUUGCCUGUAAAUAUUUUGUUCAUUCAUAACAGCUCAGCAUUUUUUCAUAGAUGUUAUGCUGACAAAAUCCUGUUUACCCACAGCUGAUUGAUAAUGAGAUUUUUUCUUACGUUUGCCUUAUUUCUGUUAUCUCUUUGAUCUUGUUCCAUUUCUUACACUUUGCUCUCAUUUAUUUCAUUUACCAAGGCACUGGUGAAAGUGGGAAGAGCACUUUCAUUAAACAGAUGAGGAUCAUCCAUGGAAGAGGGUACAAUGAAGCUGACAGGAAAGGAUUCACUCGCCUUGUAUUUCAGAACAUCGUCACAGCCAUUCAGGCGCUGAUUCACGCCAUGAAGACUCUGCAGAUCAGCUACAAUGAUGACAGGAACAUUGUAAGGAAAAGUUCCAGUUUUGUAAAACAAGUAGUGAUAAUGUUUGACCUGAUUGAUAGACCUGAUCGUGUCACUGGGAAUAGAGUGAAUACAAGGUAGUUCUUUGCAAUUCUGUAGUGACCCUGCUAUCAUUUGGUGUCUUGAAUUUAGAAAAACAAGUUUCGGAGUGAGAAAUUUCAUGGGUGUCAUCAAAUGAGACCAAGGCACCUGGUCAGACAGCAGAUGUUUCUUUUUUUUUUUCUAAAGAAAAAGGUAUUUAAAUUGGUAUUUCAUAACCAGUUUCCUCAGAAAAUGAAAAAGGAAAUACAUGGAGGAUUUUUAAGCUGCAGUUCCUUCGUUGGCCACUCGAGGCUAGAGCCAAAAGCAGGUCAAUCUCCAUUUAAGCUCCAUGUAUGAAUUUACGAGUAUAAAACAGUGCUUGGCAUGGGUGCAGUCUGUUGGAAAGAAAGUUUUUGUCAUUGUACCAGUCAAGUUAUCUUUUUGAUUACUUUCCAUAUCUUGUCUUGUGUUUCCUGUUUGCUUUAUUUUGAAAUCACUAACCCCCGUCUCUGUUUUUGGUUGUUCCUGUCUUUCCUUCCCCCGUCUCAUCACAGCUGCUCCCUAACUGUUUUCUCUGCACUUGUAUCCCAUCACCCUGUUACAUCUUGUAUGUAACCUCUUGUCUUUCCCUGUCUCGUCACCAGUCUGUGUCUUAGUGUCACGUGUCAGCAUUUAUUUCAUGAUCUCUUCCUUGCUAGUUUAUUAACUCUGCCUUUUUGCCUCAUGUUUUACCUCUGCCUGAGUUAAUUUGCCUUACCUGGACUGGAAAUAAACCUGAUCAUAGAGAACUGGUUAGCUGUGUGUUCUGCCAUUGAGUUCCCUUUUGUUAGUCUGCUCAUGACAGUUUUAGACACGGUAGCUCAGUUAAAAACAUAUAAAAAUGAAUGCAGGGUUGCUUCGUUCAUUCAACUCACUAAUAUUAAUAUUGUUUGAUAAUGAGUAAACACCCAUUUUAAAUGUGAUGCUAGCAGCUUGUUAUUGAACAUUUUCUUUUCUUUUCUUUUUUGUUUAAACGAUAUAACAUUUCUAUUGUACAAUAUAAUGACAUUUUUAUCAUACAAUCCUGUGACAUUUAUUUUACCAUACUAUACCGUGACAUUUUCAACAUACUACACUAUGGCAUUUUUUAACACACUAGACUAUGAUAUUUUUAAACAUUCUAUACUUGACAUUUUUAACAAGUUAUCCUAUGACAUUCUUUAAAAUACUUUUUUAUCAUACGAUACUGUGACGUUUUUUAAACAUACUAUUCUAUGACAAUUUUUUCUAACUUAAAUCAAAAAUCUUUUUCAAACCGUACCGUGAAAUUUUUAAACAUACUAUACUAUAACUUUUUUCCAAACUAAAAUUUGUAUUUUUUUUUAUCAUACUACACUAUGAGGUUUUUUCUGACAUACUAUACAGUGACUUUUUUCAAACUAAAAUUUUAAUUUUAUAUCGUAUUAUACAAUAUCAUUUUUUGAACAUAUUAUAAUGUGACUGUUUUUCAAACUAAAAUAUAUUUUUUUUAACAUACUACACUAGGACAUUUUUUAACCUAUUAUAAUAUGACUAUUUUUUCAAACUAUAUUUUUUUUCAUACUAUACCAUGACAAUUUUUUUGACAUAUUAUAAUUUGACCAAUUGUCAAACUAAAAUUAGAAUUUUUUGACAUAAUAUACUAUGACUUAUUAAUCAUACUAUGCUAUUAGAUUUCUUACACACUACACCAUGACUUCUUUUUUUAACUAAAUUUUUUUUUUUUUUCAUAUUCUGCUAUGACCUUAUAACAUACUAGGCUAUGACAUUUUUUAACAUACUAUACUAUGGCUUUUUAAAAAAAAAAACUUUUUAAUAUUUAUCUCACUGUACUAGGACAUUUUUUUUACAUACUGUAGUAUGACUUUUUUUAAUAUACUAUACUAUAACUUUUUUCGAACUCAAAUUUUAAAUUUUAUUUUCAUACUAUACAAUAAAAUUUUUAUCAUACUAUACUAUGACAUUUUUAUCAUACUGUACUAUGAAAUAUUUUAUAAUACUGUAUGAUUAUUUUAUCAUGCUAUACCAUGAGUUUUUUUAUCAUACUGUACUGUCACAUUUCAGUCGUACAAUACUAAGAUAUUUUUUUAUCAUAUUUUACUAUGAUUUUUUCUCAUACUAUACCAUGAUACUAUACUAUACUGCAAAUUAUUCUGUGAGUGGCAACAGUAUAAUGUAAUAGUGCCAUUUGAACUUCCUAUUCACAGCAUAGCAUCAGAGGAAAGUAGCAGAUAUGUGAAAACAGUAAGUUACCCUCAACAGAGCAUCACAGCUAGAAGAUUCCUUCUGCAAAUCACUUUUCCUCCAUGAAGGUUUUUGUCAGGGUCCAGAAAUACUUUGGAUUAAGUUCUAUCAGCAGAGGUCCUACCCACCUGAUGGUCUAUUAAGGUCAGGCAAAGAUUGAAAGUUUGUCUUAAAAUAGAUCCCCUGUGGAUGUUUUGUUUGUGUCAGAGCCAUGCAGAGAAGCUGAGCCAAGUAGAGGCAGACCAGGUGUCUACUUUGGAGGCUUGGCAGGCAGACGCCAUUAAGCGAGUGUGGAAUGACCAUGGUGUUCAAAAGUGCUACGACCGCAGGAGGGAAUUCCAGUUAUCUGACUCUGCCAAAUAGUAAGACUUUGAUAUAUAUUUGAUAUUUUUAGUAAAUGCCCAAGGAUCUGUCAGUGAACUAGAACUUUUGCUGGGCUUUAUUUUGUACAGAGGAAUUGAAAUUUUUUUCUUCUUCAAAAACUUAUGCUAAUGAAAGUGAAAAGUUUAAAAAAUCUAGAUGGCAGUAUCUUUUAUCCAGAUGUAGGAUAUUUGAGUUUGGGUUUUUAACUUAAGCUUGUAUUCUCUCUUUCAGUUAUCUGGAUGACUUGGACAGAAUCGCAUCUCUAUCAUACGUCCCCACCCUGCAGGACAUCUUGAGGGUCAGGGUCCCAACCACCGGCAUCAUCGAGUACCCAUUUGACCUUUCAAAAGUUGUUUUCAGGUAAGAUGUUGUAUUUUUAUGCCCAAUAAAUGGGGUUUUCUCAAAGCUUCUAUGAGCUACUUUCGUUUUGCAUUGACACAAAGGCAUCAGUAAUAAUUGAAGUCUCUUUCAUAAUCAGUAAAAAAGUGCUUUUUGGAACUUUGUGAUAAAACAAAUUCAGAGAGCAGAUCUCUUACUCUGCUGUAUAGAUGAAUAUAUGGAGGAAUAGAAAAAUUUACUUUCUGAAGUUAAGAUGCAAAAAGAUGCUCCUUUCUUUUUAUUCUUAAGAUACAAAAACAGCCAACAUGUUAUUGUCUUUAGCAUAACAUGAGAAACAAGAGCAGUCAAAAGUAGCUCACCUAGAUGUUAUGUAAGGAUACAAGCAACUUUUUUAAGCUGUUUUACAGGCUGUACAUUAAAAAAUCUUUUCUCGGAUUAGUAUUUUUAUUCGUGCUUAUUAUGUGCUGCUGAUUUCUUGGCAAGGUCGGCCUUCUUCAUGAGUUCCUGUCUGGUUAAAAAAAUGUUAAGUUGAAAAAAAAUGUUUAAAAUAUCCUUUAAAGUCAGACAAAAUCCUAACUAAGUGUACUUAAUGGUUGCUAAUAAAUGGGUUACUGUUAUAUUUGGACUGAACCAGACCUGCAUACAUCCCUCCAUUUGGUUACCAACUCUAAGCAGAGAGUAACAAUUCUAGCAUUUUCUUUAUUUGUAUAUCUUAGUUAAAUCAUUAUCUAUGUGUGUCUAGGAUGGUGGAUGUUGGUGGUCAGCGUUCAGAGAGGAGGAAAUGGAUCCACUGUUUUGAGGACGUCACCUCUAUCAUUUUCCUGGCUGCCCUCAGCGAGUACGAUCAAGUUCUUAUAGAGAAUGCAAAUGAUGUAAGAUCCAAACAGUUCUCAGCUCUUUUAAAUUUCAUUUUUAGCCAAUGACUAAUAUUCUCAUACUCAAGUUUUUUACUUAUCUAACCUUGCUCCAGAAUCGACUGAAAGAGAGCAUCGCCUUGUUCAGGACCAUCCUCUCUUCCCCUUGGUUUCAAGAAUCCUCCACCAUCCUCUUCCUGAACAAAACAGACUUACUGAAGGAGAAAAUCACAAAGUCUCAUUUGGCAAACUACUUUCCAGCAUUUAAAGGUAAAACACUGUCACAUCUGACUUCCUUUUGCCUUUCAUGAGUGCAAACAGAAUUCAAAAAUGUGUUAAAAAUCCCUUUUUGAUAUUACAUACUCAUCCUACAACAAUAUCCCUGAAUGUGUUGUUCCUCUCAAUGCAGAGAAAGCAUUUUAUUUUAUAUUAUAUUUACAUCACUCAGCCUCAAUUUGUAUCAACUCCCAGUUGUCAAGUCCAUUUAUUCUAAAUCAGGGAACAUGUCAGGGGUGUCCCCAUGCUCUACAAUUUUCAAUUUCACUAUUGAGCCACUUGCCUCAGCCUUCUAUAGCUGCAAGCAUAUACCUGGUAUCUGGAGGAAUAACAGAAAGCACAAGGUCUCACUCUACGCUGAGGAUCUCUUGCUCUUCAUUUCGAAUCCAAGCUUCUUCUAUUUGGGCAUCUCCAUUACAAAAAAACACCAAGACUUACUCAAAGAAAACUUUAUCACGCUUUUGACUCCAACUAAACAAAAACUAACCCAGUCGUCAGCCUUGUCCAUGUCAAUGGUUGGACAUAUCAACUCAGUCAAGAUGAUGAUUCUUCCUAAAUUCUAAAACCUCUUCCAGAAUGUAACAAUUUUUAUUCCUCAAUCCUUUUUUAAUCGACAUAAUACAUAUGGCAGGGAAAGCCCCCCUGACUCAACAAGACCAACUUUCAAAAGACCAAGACCUUUGGAGGUUUACAUACUUUGUGUAAUGCUGCAACAUAUAAUUACAAUCUAAUAAGUAAAAGAAACCAGCAGCCAUUCAGGUUAUUAAUCAAUUAUUUCAAUGUCUACAGUGUUGUGACAAUUAUGGACAUUGCUCAGCAGUUAAUGUUUCAAUCCCCAUUUUUGGUUAUCAUUGCUAAUUAGCACUUGACAUACAGCAGAGGCUAAUGGGAAUUGCAUUUGCACUUCAUUGACGAAAAAAAAAAUGGUCCCGUUGAUGAGCUUCAUGAAUAGUAAGGGAUCAUUAAAGUUAUUACAUAUAAUCUGGUGGGGGAACUGGAUGUCUAAUCCAUAUGGAAUUGCAUUUACUACUUGUGUGAAGCACAUAGGGGCAGGAGAGUCAUGGACAGUCAUUAAGGUUAAUCCCCUGGGGACCAUGAACGUCUGUAAUCAGUUCAGUAAUAUUAAUAAGCAGCUACUCUGAUGAUAGAUUUAUUGUUCCUCUUAAUUAAUUGUACCCGCAGAGCUGCUAUGUGCAGAUAUAUCAGUUGUUUUUUGAAUGUUUAAAUAAUUUUGAGUAGUUUUGUAGGAUAUUUUUCCAAUAUGCACAUUUAAAAAUUAAUCAAUAAGAUAAAAGAAUACAGAUAAAAGGUAAGAUUUACAAAAGAAAAAAGAUAUGGUAAGAAAAUAAUUCCUGUGUUGGACUAUUGAGUGUUGAUUUCCAACUCAGUCUGUUUCCGAGGUGAUCUGUUUGAAGUGAAAACCCCGAAACACGAAGAUUCCCUCUAAUUUCAUCACCUACAGGGCCUAAAGGUGACGCCAAGUCGGCUGAGGACUUCAUCUUGCAAAUGUACGUGGAUCAUCACAAAGGGCGCCAUAAAUCCCUCUACACACACUUCACCUGUGCCACAGAUACAGAAAACAUCCGGGUCGUCUUCAAAGAUGUCAAAAACACACUGUUCAGAGAUAACCUGGAAAAAUUCAACCUCGAAUGA